AUGAUAGGCUCUUUUGGGAAUUCGCAGCAGCUUAUGCUCUGGAUUAUUGCGCUUACGAUGAGCAGUGGCAUUUACGCUGCGCGACAUCGACCCCGUGGAAUUGGACUUGUCAAAUUACCGUUUGGUGUUUCGGACCAUCGCUCGGGACCUGCAUUCCCGAAUCUAUACAUUGCUGGCAACAAGCUUUAUCAUAAGACGCAGUCAGUUCCGGAUGUAUCUCUUCCGGGACAGGAUAAGCAUUUUAGUGGCAGCGCCCAAUUUAACCCAUUCACACAAAUCAUCGAUCACGAUGUACGACGAAAUUACAAAGCUUUGGCGAGUUUGCCAAAACUGGAAACUGAUGGGAUGUAUCAGCCGUUCGGGAUGGCAUUUCUGGUCGGUGCCGAGGUCGACUUCAUCAAAUUUCGCAGCCAUGCAGUAGCACUGGACAUCCCACUGCCUGGCGAAGGAGAGGGACAAAGGGAGGUGGAAUAUGUGACCAAAGAAGUCGUCGACGUAUACCAUUCCCGCAUCAAUCUUCCAAUCCCAUCAAGCGAUGAACGGUUUCCGUUCAAGCAACACUUCUUCGACCGAUUCAAUGAUAUUCAAAUUAAUUACGGCCAGGUUCUGCCGCACAUAAAUUAUGCCAAUAUCGAUCAUCGCGAUAUCACCGACAAAUUGGUCCAGAAUAAGGCCAAUCCCGCGUUGAUCGGCUGA